GCGGGGAGAAGGGAGUGAGUGAGCAGGCGGCAGGCGCGGUCCGUGCGAGGCGCAGGCGAGCGGGAAGACGCAGCCCACCUUCCUCACCCAGCCAGCCGAGAGCGGUGUUUCCUUUCUCGGGAGUGCGCCAAUGCCUGGUCCGACCCAAACCCUGUCCCCAAAUGGCGAGAACAACAACGACAUCAUUCAGGAUAACGGGACCAUCAUUCCUUUCCGGAAGCACACUGUGCGCGGGGAGCGUUCCUACAGUUGGGGAAUGGCGGUCAAUGUGUAUUCUACCUCGAUAACCCAAGAGACUAUGAGCAGACAUGACAUCAUUGCAUGGGUUAAUGACAUAGUAUCUUUAAACUACACAAAAGUGGAACAGCUUUGUUCAGGAGCAGCCUAUUGCCAAUUCAUGGACAUGCUCUUUCCUGGCUGCAUUAGUUUGAAGAAAGUAAAAUUUCAAGCAAAGUUGGAGCAUGAGUAUAUUCACAAUUUUAAACUUCUGCAAGCAUCGUUUAAGAGGAUGAAUGUUGAUAAGGUAAUUCCAGUGGAGAAGCUAGUGAAAGGACGUUUCCAGGACAACUUGGAUUUUAUUCAGUGGUUUAAGAAAUUCUAUGAUGCUAACUACGAUGGGAAAGAGUAUGAUCCUGUAGAGGCACGACAAGGGCAAGAUGCAAUUCCUCCCCCUGACCCCGGCGAACAAAUCUUCAACCUGCCAAAAAAGUCUCACCAUGCAAACUCUCCUACAGCAGGUGCAGCCAGAUCAAGUCCAGCAUCUAAACCAGGAUCCACACCUUCUCGUCCCUCAUCAGCCAAAAGGGCUUCAUCCAGCGGCUCAGCAUCCAAAUCUGAUAAAGAUUUAGAAACACAGGUCAUACAGCUUAAUGAACAGGUACAUUCAUUAAAACUUGCCCUUGAAGGCGUGGAAAAGGAAAGGGAUUUCUACUUCGGGAAGUUGAGGGAGAUCGAGCUACUCUGCCAAGAACACGGGCAAGAAAAUGACGACCUCGUGCAGCGACUAAUGGAAGUUCUCUAUGCUUCAGAAGAACACGAGGGCCCCACAGAAGAUGCGGAGGCCGAGGAGCAGGUCCACGAGCAGCAGCCCCAGCCGCAGGAGGAAUACUGAACCGCCACGGCAGCUCUUGACACUUCCAUUUUGUGUGGGAACUUUUCUUCUGGAGAAUUGGAACAUGUGUGGCCUCAAGCUCAACAGAAAUCAUUUGUUUCCAGUCUGCCGUUAACGUCAUCAACGUACCGUUGCACACGCCAACCACAGCGCUCGGUUCCCAUCUACUUUGCCAAGACAGCGUCAGCGGGCAGCAUAGGGGGCGUCUUCCUGCAAGAUCAUAGGGUCACGCACCUUCAGCUUCACCACUUGGCUGCUUGAGACUGGUUCUGUUCUCUCCUUCAUUUCUUUCCAGAACAGCUCUCCCCACCCCACCACUGCCAUCCCCUUUUGCUCUUGGUGUGAAACAAUGGUCAUUUGAUAUAUGGUAUUUAUAUUGGCAUUUUUCAACCCAGUGUCACUAGAUAUCACACACAUUUGUGGUGCUUUGAUGUUUGCAAGUCUAACCCUUGGACAUGAAUUCGGUCAAAUAAUGAAUUGGAACAAAGGGAAACAGACACUUGAUCCGAAAGCCAUACAGUGAUUUGUUUCAUGGGGAAGAACAUAGGGUCAGUUUUUCCCUCUCAAAACUAAAGGGAAAAAAUGGAUUCAGAACAAGGACUUCCGGGCCCAGCAGUGUUCAUACAUCCGCAUGUUAGACAACCACACGGUAUGUUGUUAGUUCUGAAAGACAUUCACUGAAGGAAGACACCAUCUCAGCUUCGCCCUCUCACCACUUGCCCCUGCCGUCCCCUUCCCCUCCCCACCCCAGGUUCUCAUGCUCUUUUCUUUCUCAGGGUCCUCUUUGGUGGGCAGCCACUCUCCCCAGAUGCUGUCAUCACUUACUGCAGUCCGAAGGGGGUUUGGGUGGGUUCAGGUUUCCUGGCUUGGUCCCCCCUCUCCCUCUUUGUGUGGGUUUCAGCCCAAACCCUGUCAUUCACAUGAGGGGCAUCCUGCUAAAGGGUAACUUAAGGGCAUGCAGCCCUGAGUUUCAGGGUUCUGCAUCACGCCACACACUUUCUGGAAGGCUGGAAGUGAAUACCUUAUUAGGAGCAUAAUUCCAAGGGAGAAUCAAGGUUCUACCGUCUGAUGUAUGACAUGGGAAUGACAGCACAGAGAAAUCUGUGGCUCCCAGUACCUUCUGGAAUAAGGAAUUUCCCCUCUUUAAUAUAAGGGCCCUUCUUGUCAUUGACCUUUACCAAACAGUGGCAAUUAUAAAUAUAGGAAACAUUAAUGAAUUAAAAGCAUUCCUUAUUUUUUUAGCUAAGAUUUGCACAUCUUCUUAGUCUCUUUCAAAAUCUUUGCCUCUUUUUCUCCUCCUUUGACAGAUGGUAUCCCUUCCUGGAUCAUUCAUUUCACUUGGUUUCUAACUUUAAAUUUACUUUCACUUGUUAUUUGACUUAGCAGGUGCAACAAAAACAAGAAACAAGUGUGCCCUCCCCACUUUCCGCUUAACUGAAAAGCUAAAAUAAAUUUCCGAAUUGUGUAUCCUAAA